AUUAGUUCAAACCACAGUUUGAACAAUGCUCAAGUUUUUUUUUCCACUUAUUGAGUGAUUAGCCUAAUUUAAUCACAGCAGAGGAUAGUAGUAUUCCAGAAAUAUUGUAUUUUGGAACACCGUACUAGGCUAAUUCACAGGUCUGUUAUACCCAGAAUUUAGCUGGAAUCGUACUUCCCUGUCUGUCCGUGCUGAAACUUCCUUGACCUAACAGAUUCUCCCGUAAAAAGAUAAAAGGCAGUAACCCCAGGUGUAUGUGUGAGAGAGGGAGAAAGUAUACAGCCAUGAGUAAUCCUUUUGCACACAUAGUUGAGGCUCUGGACCCAAACAACCCCGACCACAAGUUCUACAACCUCUCAAAGCUUGGAGACCCCAGAUAUGACCGCCUGCCAUUCUCCAUCCGUGUGCUGCUUGAGUCGGCUGUGAGGAACUGUGAUGGGUUCCUGGUGAAGCGGUCAGACGUGGAGAGCAUCCUGAACUGGAAACAGACCCAGACUCAAAGCGUAGAGGUGCCGUUCAGACCUGCCAGGGUCAUCCUGCAGGAUUUCACUGGAGUGCCUGCAGUAGUGGACUUUGCUGCGAUGCGCGACGCUGUGAAGAAGCUGGGUGGAGAUCCAGAGAAGAUCAACCCAGUCUGUCCAGCGGACCUUGUCAUUGAUCAUUCCAUCCAGGUGGACUUCAACAGGAAGUCUGACAGCCUCCAGAAAAACCAGGACUUGGAGUUUGACAGAAACCGAGAGCGAUUUGAGUUCUUAAAGUGGGGCUCCAAAGCAUUCCAGAACAUGCGUAUCAUUCCCCCCGGUUCGGGGAUAGUGCACCAGGUCAACCUGGAGUACCUGGCCAGGGUGGUGUUUGACCAGGACGGCUACUACUACCCUGACAGCCUGGUGGGCACCGACUCCCACACCACCAUGAUCGACGGCCUGGGCGUGCUGGGCUGGGGUGUGGGCGGGAUCGAGGCGGAGGCCGUCAUGCUGGGCCAGCCAAUCAGCAUGGUGCUCCCCGAAGUCAUCGGCUACAGGCUACAGGGCACCCCCAACAAGUUCAUCACCUCAACUGACAUCGUCCUCACCGUCACUAAGCACCUGCGCCAUGUCGGUGUUGUGGGGAAGUUUGUGGAGUUCUUCGGGCCAGGUGUGGCACAGCUGUCCAUAGCCGAUCGAGCCACCAUCGCCAACAUGUGCCCAGAGUACGGCGCCACUGCAGCUUUUUUCCCUGUAGACCACAUCAGUCUUCAGUACCUGGAGCAGACAGGGAGAGAUGCUGAGAAACUGGAUUACAUCACCAGGUAUCUGAAAGCAGUAGCCAUGUUCAGAGACUACAGCAACUCCUCCCAGGAUCCUGACUUCACCCAGGUGCAUGAGCUGGACCUGAGCACUGUGGUUCCGUGCUGCAGUGGUCCCAAGAGGCCUCAGGACAGGGUGGCUGUGUCGGACAUGAAGACUGACUUUGAGGCCUGCCUGGCAGCUAAGCAAGGCUUCAAAGGUUUCCAGGUGACUCCGGAGCUUCACCACGUGAAGGUUCCAUUCCAAUACAAUGACAAGGAGUACAGCCUCUCCCACGGCUCAGUGGUCAUUGCUGCCAUCACCAGCUGUACCAACACCAGCAACCCCUCUGUUAUGCUGGGUGCUGGUCUCCUGGCGAAGAAGGCCAUCGAGGCUGGUCUGAGCAUGAAGCCCUACAUCAAGACCAGCCUGUCUCCCGGCAGCGGAGUGGUCACCUACUACCUAAAGGAGAGUGGCGUCAUGGACUACCUCUUCCAGCUCGGGUUUGAAGUGGUGGGUUAUGGCUGCAUGACAUGUAUAGGCAACAGUGGGCCCCUCCCAGAGCCUGUGGUGGAGGCCAUUACUCAGGGAGAUCUGGUAGCCGCUGGGAUCCUAUCAGGUAACAGGAACUUUGAGGGGCGUGUCCAUCCCAACACACGAGCCAAUUACCUGGCCUCUCCCCCGCUGGUCAUUGCCUACGCUAUCGCCGGAACCUUGAGGAUUGACUUUGAUACAGAGCCCAUUGCUCUGAACAACAAAGGGAAGGAGGUUUUCCUCAGGGACAUCUGGCCCACACGGGAGGAGAUCCAGGCUGUGGAGAGACAGUUUGUCAUUCCUGCUAUGUUCAAAGAGGUUUAUGAGAAGAUUGAGAAAGUGAAUGAACGCUGGAACGCCCUCAACGCCCCCUCAGACAAGCUGUACACCUGGGACCCCAAGUCCACCUACAUCAAGUCUCCACCCUUCUUCGAUGGACUGACCAAGGAACUACAGACCCCCAAGUCCAUAACUAACGCCUACGUGCUGCUGAACUUCGGUGACUCUGUGACCACAGACCACAUCUCUCCUGCUGGGAACAUCGCCCGAACCAGUCCUGCAGCACGAUACCUGACCAGCAGAGGUUUAAACCCACGUGACUUCAACUCGUACGGAUCUCGGCGUGGCAACGAUGCUGUGAUGGCUCGGGGCACGUUCGCCAACAUCCGUCUCUUCAACAAGUUCCUGAACAAGCAGGCUCCGCGCACCCUGCACUUACCUUCUGAUGAAACGCUGGAUGUGUUUGAUGCUGCUGAGCGCUACCAGCAGGCUGGCCUCCCCCUCAUGAUCCUGGCUGGGAAGGAGUACGGAUCGGGCAGCUCGAGAGACUGGGCCGCUAAAGGUCCCUUCCUCCUGGGAAUCAAGGCGGUGCUGGCAGAGAGCUAUGAGCGAAUCCACCGCAGUAACCUGGUGGGCAUGGGGGUGAUUCCUCUGGAGUACCUGGCUGGGGACACAGCAGACAGCCUGGGGCUGACAGGACACGAGCGCUACACCGUGGUCAUCCCUGAGCCACUCACACCCAGGAUGAUUGUUGACAUUAAGCUCGACACAGGCAAAACAUUCCAGGUGAGGAUGAGGUUCGACACGGACGUGGAGCUGACGUACUUCCACAAUGGAGGCAUCCUGAACUACAUGAUCCGCAAGAUGUCUGAGAACUAGAGAGCACACCGUCGGGACCAAGUCAUGCUGAACACGAAAAUCCUCCGUGUAGAAGGCAAAACAGAACAUGCUGAGUCCCCCCUCUCUGUUUCUGUUCGAUUUUAACAUUUGGUUUACAUAAUCUUGUGGUUUUAGUGCAUUAAUUGGUCCCAUACUUGAUCCAUUGCAGGUCGGAAUGAUGUAGUGAGUCAGAAGUACCCCACAGCACAUUUAACACUGGUAUGAUGUACACCUGUGUUCAAAUAGUCUUAGCUUUCUUAAUCAAGCCCAGCUCAAGUGUUUGAAAGAAAACAAAUACUUUUAUAACCCAGGUCUUAUGAUGUGACGACAGUACAGUAACCACCCUACCUCUUUGUUGCCAAACCAGUGGUUCACCCACCCUCAUCCCUCCCACCGUCCAUGCUAACAUUAGCUAGCCAUGCACACAAACCUAGUCUGCCCUGGUUGGCUGUCUUGUCCAGUUGUUACCAUCGUCGGUUCAAAGCUGCCAGUCAUGGUCAUCUGUUCCGACCAGGGUUGUAUUUGUUGAUUUCAUGUCUUAUAUCUUAUUUUACAAACUGCUGCUGUGGUGAAGCAGACAUCGGCUGCUUCUGAAAUGGAGCCCUAUUCCCUUCAUAGUGCACUACUUGUGACCAAAAUGUGUGCACUAUAUAGGGAAUAAGGUGUUAACCCCAGACACUGUAAUAGGUUGGCUUCGACUCCUGACAACGAGGGUGUUAUCUUUGUAUUAUGAAAAAGAGACCAGCCUAGUUUAUUAAAUACCUAAGUUUAAUUGCCUUAAAUGGUAAAGUUGACAUUAACCCUCACCUUUUGAGAGGAACAGUAUAUUGUGUGUGUGCCUCGUUUCUUUUAAAUGCUGCUUCAGUGCAGAGGUAUGUUUUUACUAGAUCACUAAUUUCAGUCUUGUCUCUGUUUCAUAAAUCCACUUUUCUUUCUUAACCUGUUGAUGUUGGCAAUAGGACUUAUAUGAUUUUGUCACAGUGAGUACUUACUACUGUUGGUGAGUAGGGUUGCAACAUUUUAGUACGUUUCCAGAAAUCCCUAUUAGAAUCCUCCAACCAGGAUUUCUGUGAAGUUACCAGAAUUGUGCAACCCUAUUGGUGAGUGUGGCUGGACUUAAUUCCCAGUUGCCGGUGUGACAGGGAGGCUAGUAAAUCAAAUUAAUAUAAUCAUGAAUUCCAAACUGAAUGAAGUUUCUUAGCUGAAGCGAGAAUUCAUAUUUUCUCUAAGCACUUGGGGUUUAAUGGACCAAAUAGUUUCUAUCAAUAAGGACGAAGUCCUACUUUGAGAUUCUUUUCAGAAGGUACUUGUUUGUGGUAUGGAUAAAGUGUAUGUUUUUUCCCCCAAGGUUAGCAGAAGGAGUCUGCUACAAGGCCACACCGGGGCUAGUGGUAGUCUUCGUCCUUCCUGUUUUUCUUUCUGCAAAUAACUGGACAUAUCCACCAUAUUGCUGUCCCCUAUCAUGUAUUUUCAGUGAUUGCAUAAUGUUAUCAACAAUCCUGUUAUGAAAUGGCUAAGGGGCAGAGUAAGACUACAUUUGUCAAAUUUAAUACACAUUCAUUUGACUUAAGACAGGAAUGCUCUCUAAAAAACUUUUGAAAAAGGAGAGCUGCACAUUAGGACCUCAGAUGCAAUAAUUGAAUAACCACGUUUCGACAGACAAGCUGUCUUCAUCAAAGUAUAUUCUCCGCUAGCCAGCACCUCGCCUAAACAGGUGUGCGGUUAUUUCGCCUCUAAUAAACUUUAACUUCUACAUAACUCAAA